AGGGGCUCGAUGCAUACACCACGUCACUUGGCAGGCCAAGGAGGCAAGGACCUCGGCGAAGGAGCUCGGUGCGCCAUCGCUCCAGCAUCCCACAGCUUGUCAGGCGGGGGCACCUACACCGCGGACUCUGGCUCCCUGGCCGACAAGGCGACUGCUCCGACCCCGCCCCCGUUGCCGCCUGGCAUGGCGCGGUUGCCCGUCGCGUUGGCCGCGUGCCUCGCCGCGAUGGGCGUGGCCCUGCCGGGUGACCGGCCGGCGGCCCUCUUGCAGCGCGACGAUGAGCUCCAGCGCGACGACGAGCUCCAGCUCGACGACGAGCUAGGCGUUGGGGACGAGGACGGAGAGCUCUCCGAGCUCGACUUCGAGGAGGCGGACUUCCUGCACGGGCACUCGGGCCUGGACGGGGAGGGCAGGCCCAGGAAGCGCGGCGCCGAGGCGCCCCGGCGCGCGAAGCUCGAGGCCGUGACCGCGUCCCUCGACGAGGCCAUCCCGCUGCUGGAGAGGGAUGCUCGAGUGAAGACACAGCUGUUGAAGGUGGCCCUGGCCAACUUCAAGUCCAAGCAGAAGGACAUGGACUUAGCGAAGAGGGAGGCGACCGUGGCUAUGAAGGCACUCCGCCUGGAGGCCGAGAAGCGCCGCAGGUCCGCGCAGGACCGGAGGCAGACCAAGGAGCGGGAGCGCAAGGCCAAGGAGGAGGUCAUCAGCACUGCCAGGGCGGCGAUGAUCAAGAAGGCGCAGGCCCUCAUGGGCGUGAGGGGCGGUUCGGCGGACGCCAUGCUCGGAGAGGUGUCGCUGGGCGUCAUGGUCGACGUGCUCAUGGCCCUGCCAGAGGCGGUGGAGAACCCGGUCUUCGUGAAGCGGCUGGCAAAGUCGAAGGAGGUUGUGGUGACGUCCGUCCAGGACUUCCUCAACACCACGCGCCGCAAGACCGCGAAGUUUGUGAUGGCGGCCAGCAAGGCGUCCGACGUCGAGCUCUCGUUCCUCAUGGCGCGCUUCUUCCACGAGGCGUCCUUCCGAGUUAAGGCGAUGCAAGCGGACGGGCAGAAGAUUGCCAGGGAUCUCAACGUGGUGAUGCCCGCCAAGCUGAGAAGGAGCUUCAUGCCCAUACUCAAAGGGCUGCGAGCAAAUGCGGUCCCUCUGCACGUGAACGCCACCGUGCUGGCGAGCUCGACCAUCACGGAGGCCUGCGCGGAGAUCUCCAGCCUUAUGGGCAACGUCAGCGAGUACAACAACAAGUUGAACGCCAUGCACAGCAACCUGCACAGCGUGUGGCAGCUCUCCGAGCUGAUGCUGCCGAAGGUGGGCAAGAUCUAUCCCAUGCAGCCCCUCGUGAUAGACACCGUCAAGGACGUCAUGGCGAUGGCGACCAACGAGGUCGCCGGCCUCGGGGAGGCCGCGGACGAGAUCGUGACUAACGUCGGCCCCAUUAUCGCCGAGCGCAUGCAGUGCACCUGGAGCGCUGCCCUCCCGGGGUCCCGCCUGGGCUGGGCCGGGCUCCUGGCAGCGCUCGCCGGCUCCAUCUUCGCCUAG